UCACUCCACUAUUUUCUCAACCCUAUCGCCUGGACCCCAGAUUAUAUCCUCUGACACGUUUAAUUGGUUAUAUCAUCACGAAAAAAACAAUACUAUUGAAAGCAAACUUGUGCCUGUCAUUCUCCUCGGACGUAUUUAUGGCACCGGAUAUCAAUUCCCUCCCCCCCUCACGCUCGUCGUCCUCUUCAGUAUCCAAUCCUCCUCGACAGUCUGCUUCCGAAGCUCUCCAUCGCCAGACUCCUUCAUCCUCACCUCGAUCUCCUUCUAUAUCCGCCAAUACGAAUUCCAACAUGCAAUCUCCAUCAGUUCACUACGAAGCUAGACAUCCUUCGAUGAGCUCCGGACGAUCUCGCUCUGGUGUCCCCCCACAGAGCUCUGGUCCGGCCCCGCAUCAUGAAAGACGUCGCUCGAGUGCCUUGAUGCAUCUCAACCUGACCGAGCCCGGACUCCCGGGCCCAGGCGAAAUGCAAAGCACUGAGCAUCGGUCGUCAAACGACUACCGUUCCUCGUCCUUUGGCUCGGCUUUUCGCACUGCGAGUCCUUUGGGCAUUGGAGAUUCAGCGACCAUUGUCACCGCGGAUCCCCAUCAUUCACGUGCUCCGAGCUUGGGAGAGAUUCAUCAAGAGAUUGAGCAGGAGCAGGAAGCCCAAGUUAAUCGGCUUCUCCAGAUGAUCCGUCAGCAGCAAACACAGAUUCUGCAGAUGCAGCAAGCGGCAGGGCCAGUACAAUCGACGGCUGUUGAUGACAGCACGCCUGCCUCUGAACGAUCUGUUUCCUUUUCGUCCGGAAUCAAUGCCUCUGGCACCAAUCCGCGCUCGCGGUCGCCUGUGCCGCGCACCUCUGCAGAAGCCUCACGACGAUCGUCACGACACUCUCGUACCUCCAGUCGAACGUCGCCAGCACUACGACCAAUGGCAUCCGGUCAAAGCGAAGCCACCGACUGGUCUCUCGGUGGUCGGGACGAGGCGGCAUUCUUCCAAGCCGAGACACAGAAUUUGACGAGAGAGAACCAAAUGCUCAGGCACAGAAUCCGCGAACUUGGUGAGUCGACUAAAUCGUCGCGACCUUCAACGAAUAAUAUCUUACUAACUCUGAGGGUAGAACGACAGAUCAAUGAUCUAAACGAAAACUCUGCCAUCACGCAUAGCCCCGUCACAAUGUCCAAUCUCGCGUCGCCGCCGAUUGCGAUGGCGAGCGCUCAGGCAAACGAUCAUCCAAAGCCAGAGUGACAUGCUACUUGGGGGCGACUUUCGUAUUUUUUUUUUUUUUUUUUU